AUGGCUUCUAUCUCGCACCGACCCCUUCCUCAGGGUAUCUACACUCCCCUUCCGACAUUCUUCCUUCCCAACGAAGAUUUGGAUCUAGGUGCAUUUGCAACUCACGUGCGAUACGUAGCUGCGGCGGGCACCAUUCCGGUGGUAGCGGGCUCAGCCGGCGAGGCACCUCAUCUCUCCGCCGAAGAGCGCACGCAACUAAUCCAGAGUGCUCGAGCUAGCCUCAACGAAGGCAGGUUACAGCAUGUCCCUAUCGUGGCCGGUAUCGGUGCUCCAAGCCCCCGCGAAACCAUUGAGCUUGCCAGAAAGGCCGAAACGGCAGGCGCCGACUAUGCUAUGGUCUUGCCUCCCGGUUACUAUGGUGGCCAGCUUGGAAGUCCGGCAGGAAGACUUGCUCUGACGAAAUUCUUCAUUGAUGUCGCUGAAGCAAGCCCGCUGCCAGUGGUUCUUUACAACUUUCCUGCUGUUUCAGGGGGCAUCGAUCUGGACAGUGACCUGAUUGUGGAUGUUGUGAAGGGCUCGGAUAAUGUCGUCGGAGUCAAGUUGACAUGCGCGUCCGUUGGAAAGAUCACAAGGAUCAAUGCAGUGCUGUCUGCGCCUUCUUUCAUGGAAACCUACCCACGUCGUCGUCAAGGGGACAGAUUCAAGAUCAUCGAUGGCUUCAUUGACAUCUUGCUGCCAUCGAUAGCCAGCGGAGCUGCUGGGGCUAUCUCAGGUCUCCCAAACUUUGCUCCUAAAACAUGUGUCAAGCUCUGGCAACUAUGUGGCUCAUCUCCAGGCUCUGAGGAGUACAAUGAGGCUCAGCGUCUUCAAGGUCUGUUGGCUAUGGCGGAUGGAGCGUGUCAACGCAUAGGAAUCGCCGGGUUGAAAAUGCUUGUGCAUAUGGUAUUGGGACAUAGUGAGCUACCUCGAAGACCGCUGAUGCCCAUGUCAAAGGAACAAGGACAAGAGCUUGUCUCUCUUGAUGCCAUACAGGCCGUCAUGGGAGAGGAGCAUAGGUUGACAAAGGAACAAUGA